UUCAGAGACAGGUAUGGGUCGUGUCAGGGGUGCUAAUAAACAUGGUUGGACUAGGCAUGGUGUUGAGCUACGCGUCCAGCCUGCUGCCGGCGUUGCGAAGAUCUGAUUCUCCACUGGAGAUUGAUCUUCACACUGCGUCGUGGAUUGCAUCCUGUGUUGGUUUGGCCAAUUUACCGGGGUUUUUCCUGGCUUCCGCCCUCAUGGACCGAUGGGGACGAAAAAUCACACAUAUCUUGGUAAUCAUGCCCGGAAUUGUCGGUUGGACGUUAAUCUACUUCGCAGCAUCAGUAACGACCAUUUUAAUUGGACGGAUUCUGUGUGGCAUAACUGUGGGAGCUACAGCUAGUCUUGGAGCCAUUAUCAUUGGUGAAUGUACUAGUCCGAGCCUUAGAGGAAUAUUCUUAAACCUUAAGACAGCUUCUGUUUGUCUUGGUAGUAUGAUUGGUCAUAUUCUUGGCAACUAUGUUUCGUGGAGAAUCUUAGCUUUAUUAGCUGCCAUACCUUAUAUUAUUGCAUUGUUAAAUACCAUGACCUGGUAUGAAACUCCAUCUUUCCUGGUUUCCAAGAGGGAAUUUGAAAAUGCUAAGAAAUCUUUUUUCUGGCUUAGAGGACAUGACGAUAAUUCAAAGAAGGAACUUAACGAAUUGAUAAGAGCACAAAUGAAUGAGAUCGCUGAUAAGAAAGUCACCACUCUUACGGAAGAUAUUUUACAUUUUUUCAAGAAAUUUACAAGAAAAGGCUUUUUAAUUCCGAUUCUUAUACUAAGUUUUGGUUUCAUGCUUCUGGAAGCAUCUGGGAGGCAUUAUUUUCCUGCUUACGCAUUAGACAUCAUAGGAGAAGUAACGGGUAACAAUUCCCUUUCUUUUUACUACAUAUUAGCUAUAGACUUGAUUAUCACCUUAAGCGCUACAUUUUCUUCGUUCUUAGUAAAAAUCAUGAAAAGACGGACAGUACUCUUUGCCACAGGGUGGGCAGCAGUUGUUACAAUUGCUAUUACUUGUACUUACCUGUUUCUUGUAUCAAAGGAUGUGAUAUCGAGAGACAGACCUUGGAUUCCCAUUUCAUUGUUUGUAGUGUAUUUUGUGUUAGUGAACUUGGGCUGUACACCAAUUCCUUUGGCAUUUUUAGGAGAACUUUUGCCUUUAGCUCACAGAGGAGCAGGAUCUGCGCUUAGUGGGGUCGUUUUAUCGUGCAACUUGUACUUGGCACUACACGUGACUCCCUUUCUACUGGUUAAUGUUAAGGUAUAUGGAACUUUUGCAGUGUUUGGAGGUAUUAUGGCGGUGUUACUCUCAAUAUUGUACUUUUUAAUGCCAGAGACUAAAGAUAGAACGUUGCAGGAGAUUGAGGAUUAUUUUAUCUAUGGAAGGUUUAAAGAUGAUGAAAAGUUUGAAAAAAGAGACGAGGCAUCAAAAGUUAUCAUGCUUCCUGAGAGAAGUGAUGGUAUGAGCCAGUAUUGA